AUGGAAGAACUUGAGAAGUGUAUUUGGCACGCCUUCACAGCACUUUCGGAUGCUCAAACUGGAUAUGUUCAGAAAUCUAAACUUAAGGUUUUGACGAAUAACAUGGGAAAUGUGCUUGGCUUUAACAAAGCAGAAGAAAAAUUAGAUAAAUGCAAUUCAAAUGAACUGAAUUUUGAGGAAUAUUUGAAGCUGCUGAAAUCAGAAAUAUUAGCACUUUUUGAGCGCCAGUUCCUUAGCAGACUUCGAGAUGAUGAAAUUUCUUUGGGUCUUAAAGAGAUUCAUGAAGAAAUAAUUAAUGAUGUUAUGAAAAAGGGUUUCAUGUCAAAGAAAGGAAAUCAUGUAGCAGCAUGGAAAGAACGAUAUUUUGUACUAAAACCAAAAAACAUCUCUUACUAUACAGCAGCAGACUUAAAAGACCAAAAAGGCUCUAUAGAAAUCAACAAGAACUGUGUUGUUGUGCCAACAGUAGAUAAACCCUGCCGAUUUAUAUUACAUACUCCACAGAAAAAUUAUGAACUUCAUGUUUCUGAUAUGAAAACCAAAAAUGAGUGGAUAUCAGCUUUGCAAAAAGCCAUUGAUGUUGAUGGUGAAGAUAUUCAUUUCCAGAAGAUAGAACUAGCCAAACGAAGCAAAAAACGAAUUGCUAUUCGUCAAAAAGAGGCUGAAGAAUGCUUACAGCGUCAAAGAGAGCAGCAGAUUAUUCAGGAGAAGAUGAAAGAACUUGAAGAAGAAAAACAGGCUAGAGCUGAAGCUGAAGCCAGACUCCAGUUAGAAUCUGCAUUAAGAGAAGCUGACAAAGAUCAUUUGAGGGAAUUAGAAGAGAUAAAAGAGCAGUUGGAGAGACUUUUAGAAGAAGAGAGACAAGCAAAGAGAGAUGAAGAACUUGUGCGGAUUGCUCAAGCAAGGGUUUUGGAAGAAGAAUUUACUAAACGUGAUGAAUUAGAACGUCUAAAGGCGGAGCAGGAAAAACUUCUGGCUGAAGAACAGUCAAAACGUGAAGGCGUUGAAGAAGAAAGAAACCGGCAAGCAGCAUUGUUGGCAGAAGCAACAUUGCAACUGGAAAAACUUGAGAGGGAACACAGACUUGCUGACCAGCAGCUACAGAAUGCCAAGGAAAAGAUUCGUCAGGUUGAAGUUGAGCGCAGCAAGAUGGAACUUCGAAUGAAAUUCAAUACAAAACCAAUUGGCCUAGCCCGCCCAGUAUUGCCUAAAGUUCAACCAUUCAUCUCUCAUCGGGGAUACGGGGCAUUUGCGCUGACAGAGUUUGAUUCACAGUUGUGCCAAAACCACAAGAAUGACAAGAUACUUGAAAAAGAAAUCAGUACAAACAGUGUCAAUGACAGUUCUAUAGAAACUCAACCAAAAGAUUUAACUGAAGAUGUACACCUUAUACUGAAUGGUCCAGUUCUUGAAGAAGACAAUCUACAUGACAGUAAAAGAGUACAUGAAGAACACAGAUCAGAACAUAGUUCGGAACAAAGUUCAGAAAGUGAUGUUGAAGAUGAUGAUGUUGAAAAGAAUAAUGAAGAGAAUAAUUUGCUAGAGAAAAACCAGUUUGGUGAGAGUGGGGCAGAAGUUAAUGUGGGAGAUAUUGUUGAAAUUGACAAUAAAAUAAAUGAACUGAUGGUUUGA